AUGCCGUUUUUUUCCGACUACGGCAAUUACUUGCACGGGUCGGCUCCGUUCUCGUCGCAAUAUUACAGUCAGCUGCUGCCCUACCCCGGGUCGAACCCCGGCGGCCGGUCGGCGUUCCGGGCGCACGCGGUCCGUAGCAACUACAACUCGAUGGUGGUCGAACAGACACUGAGGGCCAUACGUAGAGGCCCGGGCGCGGUGGCCGCCCGACACUACGCCCGACCGGUGCACGUGAACGCUUCGGAAAUCGACGUGACGUCGCCACGGCGGCCGCGGCGGACGACCGCGACGGAUACGGCGGCGGACGAUGUAGCCGGCGGCGUCGGUGGUGGCAGCGUCAUACACCGUGGCCGCACGGUGGUCCGGUUGCACACCAACAAAAACAACUGCAAGAGGUCAGAAAAACCGGUCGAGAACCAGACGGUACCGACGGUCACCGUCGCGGACACCGAGCCGUCGGCGCGCUGCACCGCGGGCUCGGAGCUGCAGUUGGAGGAAGGCCUGGCGAAAAAGGGCACCAUAAAGCGGCACACGUCCGCGGGCGUCAAAGUGCCCGUUAACGAUGAUCGCCGGCCGUCCGUCACCGACGAGAUAUUGCGCGAGCAGGAGGCGCUCUUUGACACGAUGAUCAUGGAGGAAAUGGAAGGGCAGCAGACGAGGGUACGGCGCAAGAGCUACCCAGUGGAAAUGGGGGGUGGUGGUGGUGGUGGUGGUGGUGGCGCUGGGGGUGGAAAACAGCCACAUAGGACCAGGGAAACGCGGAAAAAAUCGGUGGCAGCGGCCAUGGUUUAUGGAGAACACGCUGACAAACUGACAAAGAACAAGACCGCCGGCACCAACUGGAAGUUGAACUACGACGUGAUCAUCGAGGAAAGCGGCAUUGAACCGGUAAGUUUUACGUUCAAGCUGAACAAUAAGACGAAAAAAGAGAGUGACAGUCGAAGCAGUGAUAACGAAGACGAAAGUAGUGAAGAAGAAAAUAAUCGUCAAGAAGGUAGUAAAAAGAAGAAAAAGGAGGAGGAGGCGGAGGAAAAAGAGGAGCUAGCCGAAAACCAGCAGGACAAGCAGGGGUUGCAGAAGAAAAAGACACCUUCGCCGCCAAAAAAAGGCAGUUCCUCGAACGCUGCAGUUGCAACGCCCGCUGUGAUUACGCCGUUUGUGCGCGCGUCCUUUGGCAAGACGUUCAUAUCGCCGUCACAAGUGAGCAGCACGAAGAGUAAGUUCGAAAAGCCAAAGCCCAAAAUCAAACUGGAAACGCCUCCAGCGCCGCCGCCACCGCCGGCCCCGAUAACGCCACCCGCCGCCGACAGCGGAUCGUCUUCCGGCGAGGACGAAUCGUCCGAUGAGGAUGACUCUUCGUCGACGUCGUUGUGCAGCGGCACCAGUGGCAGCACGUUCUACGACUCGGACGAUUACGGUGACAAAAGAGUUGCAUGCAGUAAUUCUUCGUUCGAUUCUGGUUUGCCAUCCUCGCCCGUACCCGCACCAGAUCCCAUAGACUCGUCGUCGUCGUCGUCGGACGCAGCGACAAAUUCGUACCAGAUCGGCGGCGGUGCUGGAAAUGCAGAAGGGGCUGAACGAUCGCUUCGUUCCUACAGUUAUCGGCACCAUUCGAGGCCUAAACGUGUUGUGCCGCCGGCCACCAGCAUACCGCGGUUCCGAAAGUAUGCAGUCGACGACUUUAACUUCUUGAAAGUGCUUGGCAAAGGCAGCUUUGGAAAGGUAUUACUGGCCGAACUCAAAGGUACCGAUUACUAUUAUGCGGUCAAAUGCCUGAAAAAAGACGUGGUGCUCGAGGAUGACGAUGUCGAAUGUACACUUAUCGAACGCAAAGUCCUCGCACUAGGAACAAACCAUCCUUACUUGUGUCAUUUGUUUUGCACCUUUCAGACCGAGUCUCAUUUGUUCUUUGUCAUGGAGUAUCUGAAUGGCGGCGAUUUGAUGUUUCACAUCCAACAGUCAGGACGGUUCGACGAAGGCCGAUCUCGAUUUUACGCGUCUGAAAUAGUGUCAGGUCUCAAGUUCCUGCACAAAAAGGGCAUCGUUUACAGGGAUUUGAAGUUGGACAACAUAUUGUUAGACUUCAACGGUCACGUGCGUAUCGCUGAUUUUGGAAUGUGCAAACUUCAGAUAUACUUGGACAAAACAGCAGAUACAUUUUGUGGCACGCCCGAUUAUAUGGCGCCAGAGAUAAUCAAAGGCCAGAAAUACAAUCAAAGUGUAGACUGGUGGUCUUUUGGCAUUCUGCUGUACGAGAUGUUGGUUGGCAAAUCGCCAUUCAGUGGUUGUGACGAGGACGCCUUGUUUUGGUCUAUAUGCAACGAACAACCUCAGUAUCCAAGAUACCUAUCGGUCGAUUCUAAAUCUAUUCUGGUAGCUUUACUAGACAAAGAUGCUGCUAAACGAUUGGGGUCUUUGGAAGCAAACCAUUCAGCUGAGGAUGUGAUCAGACAUCCAUUUUUCAGUUCAAUGGACUGGUGUAAAUUGGAGAGAAGAGAGUUAGAACCUCCAUAUAUGCCUAGAGUCUAUCAUCCUUUGGAUACUCAUUAUUUUGACAAGCACUUCACAAAAGAGAAACCGAGACUGACACCUGUUGAUAAAACUAUACUUCAGUCGAUGGACCAGUCUCAAUUUGAUGGGUUUACCUACACCAAUCCAAAUGUCACAGAUUCAUGA